GGGAAGCUUUCCACUUCCCUCGCCGUCGUCGUCUCUACUGAUUUCCAGCUCCUCUUCCAUUUCGGGAAGACCAUCAUCCACAAUUUUUUAUCCUCGCAGGCGCUUUAGAAAGGCGCAAGCACUCUCCGUUUCCUGCGAUUACUCUUGUUUCGAAAGAUUAGUUAACAUAUUGCGGUUGUAUUGUGGAGGUGCUAAUAAUAGAUGUUCGACCCUUUUCCUUUUUAUGGAUUUUUGGAGAUAAGGGACGUGUCUUAUCGACCUCCAGGGACCAAGAUCAACCUAUUGAGUCAAGUCAAUCUUUCAAUUCCUGAGAAAAGUUUUGGCUUGAUAUUUGGACGAAGUGGCAGUGGAAAAACUACUUUAUUGCAGGGUUGAGCAAACCAACGUCAGGUUCAAUAUAUGUGCAGCGAUAUAGUGAUGAUGGUGAAAAGAUCAAGUCUCCUGAACCUUUACAACCCGAAAGAGUUGACAUUGUUUUCCAGUUUCCUGAGAGUUCUUGAUGAAGUUACAUUUGGAUGGCCAAGACAAAAGGGUGGCCUCCAAUUAAGAGAGCUUCUUGCAUCGAGACUUCAAAAGGCCAUUACCUCGGUUGGUCUAACAGGAAUGUCUUUGGACAAGGAUCCCCACUCAUUAAGCGGUGGCUACAAACGUCGGCUUGCCCUUGCUAUUCAGUUAGUUCAAACACCAAAUUUAUUAAUAUUGGAUGAGCCUCUUGCUGGUCUCGAUUGGAAGGCUCGUGCAGAUGUGGCGAAAUUGUUAAAGAAUCUAAAGAAGGAGCUAACUUUACUAGUUGUCAGCCAUGACCUCAAGGAGUUGGCAUCUUUGGUCGAUCAGUCUUGGAGGAUGGAAAUGGGACUUAAAAGAGAGCCACUACCCAUUUAAUACUCCGGGAUUUAUUAUAUUCCCAGCCAUUAGUUUCUGAUGCAAUGGAUUAGGUAUUAGCACAGCUAUUAGGCCUCUUUAUUGUCGCGCUCUUUCAGUCAAGAAUUGAGUAGUAGUAAAUGAAGCUCAAAAGAUAAAAACGGCAUGGUGCGUUACCAUUGUAACUGUGAAACUCUGAUCUUUCACUUUAAUUAGAGGUGUCAAAUAAGCCGGUUGGGUUAAAGUUCCAAGCUGCCCAAAGUUUGCUUGGGUCAAGAUGGGUUGGUUUAGAAAGGGUUGAGAAGCGCGUCAUAACCCAAUCUGCCCAAGUAGACCAAAUAUAUUUGUCAUAGCUCACUAUGCAACCAAAAUCCAGUUUUUAUUUCAAACCAUGCAGAUCUUAAAUAUAAUGUAUGUGUAUUUUAGAUGAACAGAAGACUUCGGAGCAUUCGAAUCAUAUGCUCAUAUGCAACUUUCUGUGUUUCUAUGUUAUUAAGUGAGGUUGCUCUAUUGGCAACAGUUCUUAGUUUCAA